AUGAUGCGAUCAAUCGCCUACCUACUGAUUAUAGCACUGCCAAUCGUGCUCGGCCAAUCCGUCAUCCCACCCAGCACCUGGAACUACACCUACCCAUGGCCUGUCAAGUACCACACCCUGACCUCUCAGCGCCUCAACCUCUCAAUGGCAUACAUGGACGUCCACCCAAAUGUGACUGAGGCGAGAGACACCAUUGUCCUCCUCCACGGCAAAAACUUCUGCGGCGCAACAUGGGAAGACACAGCGCGCCGGCUCCUCGCGCACAACUACCGCGUCAUCAUCCCCGACCAAAUCGGCUUCUGCAAGUCCUCCAAACCCCCGAGCUACCAGUUCUCGCUGCAACAGCUAGCGUUCAACACCAACGUCUUGCUCCAAAGUCUAAAUGUGAGUGAGGCCAAGAUCCUGGGACACAGCAUGGGCGGCAUGUUAGCCACACGAUUCGCGCUCAUGUAUCCCUCCCUCACCACCCACCUCAUCCUGACAAACCCUAUCGGGCUGGAAGACUGGAAAGCGCUGGGCGUGCCGUGGCGCGCGAUCGAUUUGUUGUAUGCGGACGAGUUGAAGUCGAAUUAUACGACUGUGAGGAGUUACCAGCAGGCAACCUACUACGUCAAUACGUGGAAGCCGGAGUACGAUGUUUGGGUUAACAUGCUCGUCGAACUGUAUCGUCUUCCGGGUGAAGGCGAGGCAUUCGCGUACGAUAUGGCACUUACUACGGACGCAGUCCUUACUCAGCCUGUGGUCUAUGAGUUUGGGCUGGUUAAGGCACCGACGUUGUUGUUGAUUGGUACUAAGGAUAAUACCGCUAUAGGCAAAGCGUGGAGUCCGCCGGAGGUGCAGGCUAAGCUGGGGAACUACUCGGUUUUAGGGAAGGAAACCGCGGAGAAGAUUCCAGGGGCGGAGUUGGUCGAGUUUGAAGGGCUGGGACAUGCGCCGCAGAUUCAAGAUAGUGAGAGGUAUCAUGCAGCGCUUUUUGAGUGGUUGGGCAGGGUGGGCUGA